AGGAGUUGCCUCGCGUGGUGAGGGAGGUGAGGCACGUCCCUCACAACACACCAGCGGCGGGAGAUAAACAAACUGCCAGGAUGAGCUACACCCGCAGGACGGUCCUCUCAGACGGGCUCACCAACGUUGUCGUCGAUCUCCCGGAGAAGGAAAUCGAGCGGAUCCAGACAGAUGCAGUGUAUUGUCAACAAGUUUUUGACAAGCAUGCCAACAGUGAUGGGUCCCCAGAAGAAGAAACAACAAGUGAGGACAUGCGAAGUGGUUCCGAGGGGCCAUUUGAUCGACGUCGAAAGUCUUUUAAAGCUCCUUGGGAUGCAGAAAUGACUCGGUUUUUCAUCACUGAAUAUCGCAGUGUUAGAGGAAUCAUGACUAAGAAGAGAGAAGCUUUCUUACACAUUUCUGACAAGAUGAACCAAAGAGGAUAUGAUGUUACGCCAUACACUGUUGAGAAAAAAUGGCAUAACUUAAUAAAGACGUACAAAAAUGUGUUAGAUCGUGCAAUUCAUAAGGGAGAGGAAAAAAUAUGCUGGGAAUUCUUUGAGGAUAUGGAUGAAAUUAUCAAGAACAGCACUCCUGCACUGCCAGCACCUGGCAACCUGCAAGCUCUUGCCAAGUCCAGAAAGGUGUAUCCAAAUUCUGAUGUCUCACCUUCAACUGUUCCAGAAACCAUAUCAGUGUCUCCAGAUUUCUUACCAUGUCCACCAUCUCCAGAGUUAAUUAUUACAACAUCUCACUCCUCUUCAUCGCCACCACCUACAGUUGAAGGGGCUAACACAUCCUCUCCAGCCUUUAAUAUGUCAACCCUGUUAUCAUCGGCACCAUCUAGACCUCAUGUGCUAAAUAACUCUGUUUCUUGCGUAGGUGUCUCUUCACAUUCCUCUUUGCACACUACAGAAACUCAAAAUUCUUCCACUGCUCACUUUUCGUCAGACACUUCAUCACAAACUCAAACCACAUAUUCUCAAAAUCAAAUUGUCUCCACAGCAUCUUGGCCAGUGCAUGCAUCCCAGCCACAAACUUCCACCGUCACAAAUCUUCCAAACAAUACAACUCAUUUGACCUCCACAUAUAUGCAGUCAUCAAAUAUGACUCCUUCCUCACUUUCUAAUGGUUAUGCCUCACACAUUCAAACAUCUACAUAUUCUAAGGCAAUUGAGCCACAUCAACAGCCCCACACACAAGCUGCAGGCAUAAUAAAAAAUGAAUCUGACAAUGAGGUUUUUGUACAUAACUCUUGUAAGAAAAGAAAGUGGGAAGAAGGUUUGUCAUGUCACACUGUUGAGUCAGAGGGAAAUCUAUUGGCAGUUCAAAGAGAAAUGAAUGCUCAUCUCAGAACUUUGAAUUCAAAUAUUUUGGCAAUGGGACAUACUUUAAAUGAAAAUAUUGUUGGACUCAAGCGUGCUGUAGAGAGUAUGGUAUCAAUAAUGCUGCAAAAUAAAGCUAGUGCAUAGAAUAUCACAACCUCACAAACAGAAUAUCACAAACUCGCCAACAGAAUGUCACAAACAUUGAGCUUUAUAGUAGUGUGCUGUAUCUAAGCCCUGUACUUAACCUAAAAGAGAAACAAUGCAGAUUUUUAUGA